GUUAUUAUAAUUAUCUCUAAUAUGUUUAUUGAUAAAAUCUUUAUUUUUUAAAUAAAAAAAUCUAAAUAAUUAUAAAGAGAUGUUAAUAAUGAAUAUUUUGGUUUCAAAAUUUCCUCCAGGCUUUUCUGUUUUUUGAUGGAAAAGGCGCCUGAAAAUGUGUAAUUUUCAUAAAUAACCGCCCAAAUAUUACUUUUAAUUAUGUAUAUGAUGCUAAUUUAUUCAAUGUUAUUUAGCUAGUAAAGCGAUUUACUUAAUGAUUCAUGGUUUUAAGAUCAACAAUUAUGGCAUUAUGAAUUAAUUAAUUAUCAAGGUGAUUCAUUAUUCUUGGCCUUUAUUUAUUUCCUUAAUAAAACUUUUGUGGUUUUUUUUAAUAAAGUGGAUGAUUUUAUAUCGAUAAUUAUGGAGCAAUCAACAUUUAUCUUCUUAGAUGGUUGAUCUCCAUAAUAGUCGUGAUAAAGAACUAAUUAAGGAAUUAUAUUAAACAUUACCCUAAUAUUAAUAAUAUUAAAUAAAUUUCCAACAUUUCAAUACUAUUUCUUUGCUAUUACAAAUGUAUUUCAAUGUAAAUGAUCGAUACUUCAAUUACAAAAGACUCUUGUAAUGUUUCAAUAUGAUUUCUUUGUUAUUGCAGAUGCAUUUAAAUGUAAACAAAGUCAGUCGACUUUGCAAAUGAAUCCACAAUACUUCAAUAUGACUUCCUUGCUUCUACACAAGUAUUUAUAUAUGAAUGAUUGAUAUUUCAGUUAAAAAUGACUUGCAACUUUGUAGUGAUUUCCCUACUACUAUAUGUAUACUUAUAUGCAAAUAAAUGCAAAUAAACAUUAAUUUAAUUUCAAAUGAGUCAUGACAUUUCAACUACUAUAGAGGUACUUGAAUAUAAAUGAUCGAUACUUCACUUACAGAUGAUUUAAUGUAUCAGCAUCAUUUCCCUAGUAACUUACUUUAGGUGCACUUAAGUGUAAACAAUCAUUAAAUCAGUAACAGAUGAGUCUUUAACACUUUUAUCUGAUUUCUUUGCUAUUGUAAAAGUACUUAAAUAUUAAUGACCGAUAGUUUAUAACGCAGUCGAUUCAGUUCUGAUACAACAGAAGCACUUAAAUGUGAUCAAAAAUUAAAUCUACUGUAAAUGAAUCUGUGUGAUUCCUUGCAACUAUAGAAGUAUGUAAAUAUAAACAAAUAAUAAUUCACUUUUCUACAAACCCAAUUUCUAGAUAUAAACCAUCGUUGAUAUUCACUACAAGUUUUACUGUGCAAAAAACAAAACUUUAACAGUGACAAAAAGUAGUCUAAUUAAUUCCUAAACGAACGUUUUGUAGAUAAAAUAAAUUACAGAAUUUAUUUUAUUAAUUAUAACUAAAAAUAAAUUUCUUUUUCCAAGCCGAUAAAAUAGCUAGAAGUAUUAAUAUUUCAUAUAUAAAAAAAGAGUAAUAUCAUCAUCCUUGUAGUGAUAUUGAAUUCUUGUUUAGUGAUCACCUUCAGUAAAUAUCAGGUACUAUUAAUGUCAAAGUAAUUGUGAUGAAGCAUCUGACUCAACGUUAUGCAAAUCACGUUUGCAAGAAGUAGUCAAUCGAGUAACACAACUCACACGUUAUACAGAGCACUGACCCAUCGUCGAGAGUUAUUUGUCUUACUUUCUCCACUUAUUAUUUUGAUAAUGAUAAGUCAUGAAAGUAAAACAAUAUUCGCUGGUUCGUAAAUAAUCAAAUUAAAUUAGAUAAAUAUUAUAAUUAAAAUGUUAUAAAAUUACGAAAAUUUCAGCACGAAACAUGCCAAUCCUUAAAAAGAAAAAUUUAUUUACUUUUCCGUAAAGUUUUAAUAGCGAUUUUUUUUUGUAUACAAACACAGAUUUUGUAAUGUAAUUUACAGUUUUGUAUGUCUUCAAUCUCGCAAUUUACAUGAAAAGCAACGCGUAUACCCCAAUAAUAUGUAUUAAAAUGAAAAUAUUAUAUAAAAAAAAAUACAUAACAAAAGUAAUUCCUUAUAUUCCAUUACUAUAAAUUUGCACAAUCACGUUACGAAAGAGAAAAAUUACUUAUAACAUUAAUUUCAUAAUCGAACAAAAUAGCUUCGUGCAUAGCCGAAAAAAUUAAAAAUAACUAAAAAAAAAAACAAAAUUUAUGAAGUUCUGCUAUUUGGUCUCCUUAAAGACGAAAUUUAGCACUAUACUUAAUGGUCGAAGAUUACGUGGAGAUAAGUUAAGUUAAUUGAGUUUCAGUAGAUAGGAUAUUCUUUUGUGUCCUCUGGACACUACAGGUGUGCUGAUGGUGUUGGAGAUAAAAAAAAAAGCAGUUCCUGGGGCACAUCUUAUCAUUGGGUGGAUGAUGUAAUAGUUUUGACUUUAAAAUAUGCUUAGAGUAACCACUGGAUGAAACAUAAAAUGUAAUUUUAAUCAUAAUUACUCGGCUUUAAGUAACUGAAAUUUUCGACUAGACGAGGUGACCAUUGGAUUUAAAAUGAGGCCCAUGUGGCAAUGGUCUCGAUAAACCCGCCUUUUCUAUAGACAAAUUAAAGUCAUGACACAGCAGAACCUAUUUUUCCCUGUCUAACGACCAUGACUGUAAAAACCCGUUCAAUUUUUCCUGAUAUACAAUUUACUACAAUGGAGAGUUUCCUGUGAGGAUAUUACGAUUCUUUUCUAAAGUUUUUUUUUUAUUUUUUUGAUUUGUUAAAACAUUCCGUCUCUGAUAACCAUCUGCCAUUAUUGUUAAUCGUAACGUUAGCAAAUUCGGCAUGUUUCAUAUGUGAUAAUGCUUUUUAAACGAAGUCGGAAAAACACAGCAUUACAUUGUUGAUACUGUUUAGCUUUUAAAGAACAAAUUCUAGCGUUGAUGUCACCGUAAUUUGAUAUUGUAAUACUUUAGUGAAUGUCUAGACUGUUAACAUACUAGAUUUCACUUGCGACUUGGAUGUAGGUCACACAGAUUUUCAGUAUAUAUCCGAAGAAAAUAUAUUAAAAAUCAAAAUUAAAAAAAAUUAUACACGUUUAUAUAAAAACGUAACGCAUACUUUUAAUGAGGAUUAAUUUUUUAGGGGUUAUUUCGAGUUUUUUUAAAGCAGGAUACGCGAGUAUUAUUAUUGUAUAUAUCCAAGUAGUUGUUUACUAAUUCCAAAAUUAUAGAUGGCCAUACGAUAACCUUUUCUUUAUAGCAAGACUAAGCCGUGUACAGGUAGGUAAAAGCUACAACAGGGAGGCAGGUAUAGUUAACUGUCCGGUUUUAAGUCCCGGAUGUUAACAGGUGUCGCCCGCCGCCUGGGCCUGUUACUCUGUGUUAGCUCUGUAAUACAAAAGACUCGAUUGCUGUGUAUGUGCGACCAGAGUGAGAUCAGUUAAGGUACCGCCUUCUAGCAUAUCAGUAGGUAUACAUUCUACCAAUGACCGCAGCAGUUUAGGCCACGAUUUACUUUGCUUACUAUCGUUCAAUGGUCCUAUGUCACUUCCGGUAAUGACGUCAGCUCUUAUGUGUGUGAGUUUUUGAACUCACGUGCGGCAAGAAUUUCGUGGAUUGCCAUGGAUAUUUAUACUGCGGUGUUUGCUGUCUGCGUAAUCAAAACACCACAUACACCGAUAGAUACCAAUGGAAGUGAGACAAUUAGGCAUCGUUUAGUAUAAGAAAAACCUUUGGUUCGCGAUAUUUAAGAUACGUUUAUUAUACCCCCUUCGAUGUGUACAGAACUAAUAAUUAAAUUUUUUGUGGUGUGCUUAGACAAGCGAAGUUCUUUACAUCUUUAUCUGUUACUACUGCUGUCUGCUUCGAUCAUGUCUGCCUCACCUCUCAAACAGAACAAGCCACGAUGGGUUAAUCCUUGCAAUCUACCUGGUCAUGUGUUCGAUGCCAGUAGAGAUAUGACAAACGCACCUUCGAUACCUAUGGAGGAUCUAUACAAGAAUGUCAUCACCAGGGCUCGAGUGUGCAGGGAUCACGCUAGAGAAGCCAAAAUAAAAUUCUUGGAAGAAACGUUUAGAGAUCCUGAAUUUGAAAUUGGAGUCGCUGAUUACAGACAGGAUUGGCUUCCAGAAAGUCCGGAAAUUACAGAUGAACACUUUAGUACCAUGAAUAACGAAACAGCUUUUCAGAAGGCCUACGAAUUUCUGCAAUAUUUUGGUGUAGGAUUGGAGCAAAUCCUUCUGGACCAAGUCCUUUACGAUGGUCAAUUUGCAAAAUUAUUUAGAGAAGUAGAAAACCAUUUAACUCAAGUGUUAUGCGAACUACAAUUGGGUAUGUAUAUGCUUAAAAUCGAACCCAACCCAGACGUGAUGAGAGACGUCAUGUCACAAAAUUACAGAGAUCUGAACGACGUAUCGAAUAGGAACAUGAGAGACUUUCUCAUCCUAAGAGAUUACAUCGAAGCAACAGAUUACGUCACAAAAUUAUUUAUGUAUUUAAAAAAUAAAAACAGAUCUUAAAACAUCAUCAUCAUCAACAACAACAACAACAUCUGUGAUGAAUAAUCUAAUUUAUUUAUAUUUAUUUAUUUUUUUAAACCGUCCAUCUAGAAAUCACAUACCAAAGAUAGCAAUAAAAAGAAUGUCGAAUAUUAUUAACAUCCUGUGCAUUACAAAAUAGUCUGAUGUAUUGGAACACGAAUGAACAAUGUGUUUAUUUCAUGGUUGUGUCAAUGUUCGGAAGCUUCAUGUUAAUACAUUUCCUGUACUAUCAUUAGAAGGUGUCCUAACUGCAUUAAAUUCUUUCAAUUCGAUCGUGCUUUAGUACAUUAGUAUACCCCACCUUUUCCCCUCGCCAUUCUAUUAAAAAAACAACACUCUAUCCGCCAUAUUUGCUACCUCACUCCUUGUUUGUCUACGAUGAACAAAGUUCCUACCGUGUGUAUGUUUAUUUGUUUAUAAUUUUUUUUUUAAUUUAUUGAACUAAAAGAUACCCCAUUGUUUCUUUACAUUAUUUUAUAUAGAAUAUAUACCUUACCAAUGCAUUUAGUUUGUAUAUAGUUGUAAUUUUACCAGCGCACACCGUGUAAUAAUAUUUUUUUAAAAAUUAUGUACUUAUUAUAUAUACAUAUGUAUUAUUAUUAUAUACAUAUAAAAAAAAUCUUGUCUAUUUGCCAAAACA